AUGCUUCAGCGCCCGUGGUUUCUGCGGACGUGGAUCAUCCAGGAGGUUGCGCUGGCGACUCAUGCCGUGGUCCUGUGUGGGCAGCAUUCAGCGUCUUGGGACGACUUUUAUCGCGCGGUGAGCUACGCCAUCGAUUUGGACUACUUUUCAAACACGGCCCCUGAAAUGUACAGCUCGCUGAGAAGCAUCGAGAAAGCCCGGACGGAUAUGGCACAUGGCCAAACGUUGCGCCCUCUGGACAUGUUCACCAGCUUCCGCAUCUUUCUCGCCACGGACCCGCGAGACAAGGUGUUUGGCGUGUACAGUCUGUUCAGCGAGUCGGAUCUGGCGAGGGUGAGCCUGCAGCCCAACUACGACAUGAAUGUCGUCGAGGUUUUCACAAGGGCGGCCCUUGACUGCAUCGUUUCUGAGGGUUGCCUCGAUGUUCUCAGCUUCGCGGGUUGCGGCCAGGAAGAAUCUCCAUUACCUUCAUGGGUCCCCGAUUGGACGUACCGCGAGCGGUCCCAGCCGCUCCUGCCUCGUUUCAUCCUGGGUGGCCUGUUUAACCAUCAAGGCUGCCCUGCUUCUUGGCCAUCAGCCAGCGGUAACAGCUUCCCCGUCGUCGACGUUUCCGAGGAUCUCAAGAUUCUCUCCCUUUCAGGGUGUAUCUUUGACCGAAUCGUUGAAACCGGCGGGGUUCUUGAGAAAGGGUAUUAUGAACAUCAGCCAGGCCACGCCAACCUUGAGAUCGCCUCGCUUAUGAAGGAAGGCUCAGACGUGCUGAUCAAAUGGGAGGAAAUGUGCGGAAUACCGGACGGGAAACCAUACUUUACAGGGGAAGCACCCAGGGAGGUGUAUUGGAGAACCCUCCAUGCUGGUUGUUACCCGUACGGAACCGAGCAGCUGACAAGAGAAGCAUGGGACAAGUGGUACAAGCCUCUCCAGGAUUCUGCUGAGCUGACGAGAUAUUCAAGUGAUGGCUGGACGAAGAUAGAGGAGAGCCAGUCGGGGACACUGUACAAGAUCGCGGCGGGUGCUCACUGGAUGGCCGUGAAGAUGACAUUCACUAUGCGGAAGGAGAGGGAGCAGUCGAGAAUGUCAGGGGUGAGCCGGACAGUCAUCCGCACGGAGAAUGGAUAUGUUGGAUUGGCUAUGGGCCAUGUGGAGGAGCAUGACCAUAUCGCCUUGUUGAAGGGAGGCAAGGUGCCAGUGGUCAUUCGUCCAGGAAAUGAUGGAGCUUGGACUUUGGUUUCGGAUGCGUACGUACAUGGGAUCAUGAAUGGCGAGUUGAGUAACAGCUUGGAAUAUGAGAUGCUGAGGUUCUCUUGA